GCUGAAUGAGCUGGGAACACAACAAGACAUUUUAAGUUCAGCAAAAGUGAAAAUGCUCCAGAUCUUGGUGGCUUUAGCCCCUCAUCCUCUGGGCUGUGCAAGCCUUCAGUGUCCAGCUUAGGGUGAAACAGGAGCUUGGAAAGAAAAAAAAAUAACAAAAAAACAAAAAAAACACUGGAAUAAUUUUUCAGGCGCGGUGAUUGCCUGAUUGCACAAGCAUCACCUCAUCAAUUUUCUUUCCAAUCCGACAGAGGAAGUGGCAUCUGUGGUGGUCACGGCGUGAAUAGGAAUGUGUGUUAGGAGCAGCGGGGUGGGGCCGAAGGAGAGGGGAGGAGACACUACCAGCCAUCCUGGGAGAGCCAAGAUGAGAGGAUCCCACAACGCGGUCAUUUCCCACGACCUUUACCUGGUGGGACAGAGCUGAUCCAGACUGAGGGAGUCGACAGAUUUCGUGCGCCCCAAGGUUGCUCGAGAAGCACAGUUCGCGUCUGCAGGGCAAGAGACGCGGACGCCCGCCUAGAGGACCGACUGCCCCCUGCCACCCAGAGGAUCCACUCCAGUCUUCUCCCUGGACUACACAGCCCCUCGCCGGCCUGUUCCCGGGCACAGAUUCUCCACCUCGGACUACUUCCAAGCCUAGGGCGGUCUCUGGGGCUGGAGCAUCGGGGUCCUUGGAGGCGUCUUUAAGGCUUUGGUCUCCGCCCUCCUCCCUUCUGCCUCCUCCCUCCUCGAGGAUCCAGUGGCUAGGAGCGCGGAGCAGGUGCGGGCCAUCGUAUGCAGCUGCCCGGGCCGCGGAGGUAGUGGCGCGGGGCGCUCGCCUGCCCCCUUCUCCGGGCCACUCUCAGGGCUCCGGCGCUCGGGGACAUGUCGGUGGUGACCGGCGGCGGUGAGGCGGCCGGCGGGACAAGCGGAGGCGGCGCGCGAGUCUUCUUCCAGAGUCCCCGCGGGGGCACCGGCGGCAGCCCGGAAUGCAGCAGCCGCUCCGGCUCCUCAAGGGAGGAUUCGGCGCCGGUGGCCACAGUGGCAGCCGCUGGGCAAGUGCAACCGCAACAGCGCCGCCACCAGCAGGGAAAAGUGACAGUGAAAUAUGACCGUAAGGAGCUUCGGAAGCGGUUGGUGCUGGAAGAAUGGAUCGUGGAGCAGCUGGGUCAGCUGUAUGGCUGCGAGGUACCUGAACACUGGCCGGGAGGGUCAAGACCUCUUCUGCCCCUUUGUGCCCACCCGGGAAUUUUCCGUGGCUCUGACUCCGAAGUGCGCGCCCCAGCUCCUGGGGACCGAGCCCCGGGAGCGUGUUGCUGCUUGAUUUCUCUCUCCGGGGUGCCCGCUGGCGCCAGGGAGCAGCCUUUGGGACACCCGCUGCCUGGGUUCAGCUACCUGGUGCCAGGAGAGCUGUGGGAUCCAUUAAUGGCGUAGGAAGAGGAUUAGGUCCUUAGAAGCUCGGUGCUUUCCUCGGUGUUUCCGGAGCUUGUCUGUACCGCUCUUAACAACACCGAGUGGAACUAACCUUGGGUGGCUCGCUUUGCCUGCGCCCUAGUAGAGGCUGGGGAAAGGAGAGGGCUUAUUGAGUGCCCGCCCAAAUUUCUGUAGCUAGGAAGAAGGAAGGAGUGGAGACUGGGGAUCUCUGACUCUCCCUUAGCUCCUUAAAUUGUACAUCAUAACCAUGAGACGUGAGACCAGCACUCCCUCUUUUUCAUCCCCCUUCGAUGUGAGUCCUCAAGAGUCCUCCCCAAGAGGCACACAUUGGGCUUUGUGGCAGCUUCCUUUCUUUCCCAAGCUCUGUUACUCCCACCGACCGGCACCCAGGCAAGCGUCCAAGAGUGUCUAGGCAGAUGAUACACACAGUACCCCUCAGAUUUGCCUGCCCAAGCUUCCGCUGCUCCAACGGCACACGGUUCCCUACAGUUCAGGGUCU